UUGGUGAGUUGGUGCAGAGUUCGUCUCAGCACGCGUGGCCACGCUGGGAUGGAUUCCUCCUCAUCUUCCUCCACAGUGGGUUUGGGCUCGGUUGACUGGCAGCUGCAGCAUUUCAUGGACGUAGAGACUCAGAAGCAGCGCUUCCAGCAGCUGAUGCACCAGAUGACGAAACUUUGUUGGGAAAAGUGCACAGACAAGCCUGGGCCAAAGUUGGACAGUCCGGCUGAGGCCUGUUUUGUGAACUGCAUUGGGCGCUUCAUUGAUACAAGCCAAUUCAACUUGAAUCGACUGUAACAGACCCAGAAACCCAAGCCAGUCUUCUCAGAAAGCUGUUCUGACUGACUUCAGCAUUACCUCUUUGGAAAAGGAAGGUAGUUCAAGAAAAGAAGAGCAGUUGAUGGGAUGGUUGAAGAAAAGGUGGGGGAUCG